AUGUUUUGUUUUGUUGUGUAUAAAAUAGAGGUGGAUCCGAAGCUUUUUAUAACUUGUCGAUUAUGUUUGGAUGAAAUGGGCCAGUAUCAAAUUGUUCCAAAUGUACGAACACAAAUAAAGUUCUGUUUUGAUAUAGAUGUCGAUCCCUUGGAUGGUUUACCUCAGUUGAUCUGCAAAAAGUGUGAGACUAUUUUGUCUGACUUCCAUGAAAAAAAGAAAACCUAUCAAGAAAAGCAACUCGGUCUUAAAAAAACACAAUCACCUUUACAACAGCAGGAUACUGUAUCAUCAACACAAUCCACUAUACCUGAAACAAAGACUCAACAAACAUUUGAGUUGACUUUAAAGAAGAAACCAAAAUCCCUAGAAACAAAUUUAAAUGAAUCUUUCGAAAUAAAAAAUGAUACUAAAACAGUACGAUCUUGGCGUAAAAAUUACAACAAGUACUUCGCGUGCAGAUUAUGCGAAGUCGUUUACAAGAAUAAACAGAUUCUUAUAACACAUAUGGAGAAGCACAGUGCGUUGCUACAAAAAUAUGGCCGUAUACUAAAGAAAUGUAAAAUUCAGUUGCCCAAAAUCGAUAAAAAAACUAAUUUCGUCAGCUCCGACGUCAUGGUUGUUAUGGGUGAAGAUCAAAUUCUGCUAAACAAAUAUGAUCAAUACCGCGUGGUAUACCUAAAAAAAACUUCAGGUUUACAAGAGAAAAAAAAUUCUUCCGAAUCCUCAGAUGAUGAUAUCAUCACUAAAGGGAAACGUAAAAGAUUAAGGCUAGUUUCUCAAAGCUCCAAUGAAACAGUUGUAUUAGAAGAUCCAAAAAUAAUGAUGAAUUAG